AUGUUUCAAAAAGACAAGGAUCAUAGUGAGGAGGAGAGGAUAUGGAGCAGCAACCCGGCUCUGUCAGUUGCCAUAACCUGUGGGAAAGUGGCGGAGGGAGGAGAGACAAAAGCAGGAGAAAGGAGGAGGAAAACAGACAGAGAGAGAUACAGGCAGAAUAACAAGGCUAGAAUGGAUCUGCAGCUUCUGCCUGUGUCUGUCUCUGGAAGUGGCAGUGGCAGUGGGGUGAUUGGCUCCUCCUGUACUGCCGCCACUGGAGCUAAUCACCCCACUGCCGUUUCCAGAGUCAAAUGCAGGCAGAAGCUGCAGAUCCAUUCCAGCCCUUUCCUUCUGCCUGCAUCUCUGUCUUGUGGCUUUGUCCAAGCUCUGCUCACCACAUUUUGUAGAGAGAAAUCUGUUGGAGUGAGGGGCUGCUUUUGUGGCAUGCAAGCAAGGAGAUGGAGGAGGAUUCAUCCUGCCCUUUGCUUCAUCAGUUAA